GACUUAACGACAGAUGGCGAAGCAGAAAAUGGUAGCGUCACAUUGUUUACGACCAUGCAGGCAUAGUCUUUCGAUAUAUUAUUGAAAAAGAUAUCAAGAAAUUGAAUUUAUAUAAUAUAUACUGAAAUGAUGAAAUUUGAAGGAGUCGUAGAAAACGGCCAAAAUACUCAACGAGCCAAAUAUAUUAUAUCCACAACUGUCCCAAACAAUAACAAUAGAGUAUCUGAAUUAAUACCUAUUCAUUGGGAUGGAAGGUUAAUUUCACAGCAUUCAGUGCCAGUGAAUGAAUUGGGAAAACAACUUCUAAAAGCAGCAUCAGACGGUAGUGUAGAAAAAGUGAAACAGUUAUUAACUAAAGGGGCUCCAUUUACUGCUGAUUGGUUAGGAACAAGUCCACUUCACUUAUCUGCACAAAAUAAUCACUUCGAAAUAACAGAAAUACUGUUGAGAGCAGGAAUUUCUAAAGAUGCUCGUACAAAAGUUGAUAGGACUCCUUUACAUAUGGCAUGUUAUGAAGGCCAUAUAAAUAUUGUGGAAAUAUUACUUGAGCAUGGUGCAGAUAUCAACUGUAGAGAUUUAUUAGAUAUGACACCUCUCCAUUGGGCAGUACAAAAUAGUCAUAUUGAUGUUGUAGCACAUCUACUCAGGAAUAAUGCUUUAAUUGAAGUUACAAAUAAAUUUGAUGUGACACCAAUAAUGAUAGCACAACAAACUGGUAGAUCUGAUAUUGAACAACUUUUAGUUGGAGCCUUAAACGAUUCUACAUUAGCUGCUCAAAAUUUAGUUUUACAGUAUAAUGCAAAUGAAUCUGAAAAUGAAAAUAAUCAAAUAUAUACUGAUAAUAUGGAACUUGAGACAAUAGGUAAUGAUGUCAACAAUUUUACAGUAUUUGCAGAACCAAUUCUAGUUGAAGGGGAAUAUCAAGAUAUAGAUGGUGAAACCAGUCAGGAAAUUACAGUGGAACAAGAAGAACAGGAAACGGAUCAAGAAAGAAUAGAAAAAGAAAAUGAACAACUCGUUCAACAUGUUUCUGUUGAUCCGGCGAUACUAACUAGUUCUUUAAAAAUACUUGAAGAACACGGGAUCAGAAUGUUGGAGAAUGAUGAAAAUGAUGAUGGGCAUAUUCUAAAUACUGUUAUGGAAAGUGGACAUUCUGUUGUUUUAACGGAUGUUGGAAAGGAAGUCUUGAAUUCUGUGAAACAAAACGAACAGAAGAAAAAAUCUCAAAUUGUACAUAUGGAUAAGAAAAUAGUAUCAGUGACGCCAGAACAAUUUCUAGCAAUGACACAAAAUAGUAAUAAAACUUUUAAACAAUUGAAAGUAAUACCCACAAAAGGUACAUUCAAGAGAGUGGUUAUGAAGAAAAAUAAGCUUAUACCAAUUACCCCAGCCGUAGAAGAUGUAAUGUAUACAUUACCAAGUACCAUUAACAAAGAAAACCCAUCCAAAACCGAUAUGGAAUUAAUUAUGAACCAAUUAAUUGAAGCUAGAAAAACCAUUGAAGAAUAUAAAAUCAAAUUAAGAAAAAAAGAACAAGAAGCACAGAGGUAUAAAAUGCAAUUAAAGUUACUAAUGGAACCAGAUUUGCCUUGAUAAAAAAUUCAGUGGAAUUGAUUUCACAAUUUCCUGUUGAUCCGAAGCUUUAAUUAGUUUGUCUAAGUUUAUAUGUUCACCUUGACGUGGAUUUCUGCUUCCUAUAUAACGAUCUUUGUAAAUGAGGUUACUUGAAGUUGCAAAUAAUUUUUCAAUAAUCAUUAGUUGAUCAUUUCAUGACGUUACUCUAUUAGAGUCAAUAUUUAUAACAUAAAAUGUCAUUACUUUAAAAAAUCAAUCAUUUUUAUAUUAUUAUUAUAAUGAGGAGGAAUUUUAUAAACUGAAACGUUACCCGACUUAUUAUUGGACUCAGUAUUUAAAAUAAUAUGAUUUAAAAAAAAACGAUAUUUACUUUAUUUCGUGUUCGUUGUAUAGGACAUCAGAAUCUGCUAUACAUUUGUAUACAGGGUAUCCUAAUGAAAAGGUAAAGCUGUUUUCAUCCUUCUCGUGUAAUGUAUUCAAAAAACAAAACUUCUAGUUAACAAAUAUCUAAUCGAAACAGUCAAUUUUAGAUGAUAUUAUCAAUUUCAUCGUCACACACAAAAUGAUCCAGAAUUAUGUUAAUGUUAAUUUCAAGAGCUGAUAGAUCAUCCCAAAAUAAAGAUAGGGGAAGAAGGGGAGCAUUUGGCACUAAAACAAUAUUGUUUUUAACAUUUUUGAAAAUCAAAGAGAAAGCAAGAAAAAGUAUCCUCCACAUUUGGGUCGCUAUUUGUUAGCCUACAAAUAACGAUGGAAUAUGAAAUAAGAUAAUUUAAAGACAGAGAGAAGAUUCAUGAGUAAUUGUUUGAAAUUGCCGAAAGCUUCCAUUCUUAGGGUGCAUUCGAUCUUAUAUCUGUACAAUAUCUUGUAGCUCCAGUCUUUGGAAGAGUUCUUAAUUUUUUUAUUAAUUCAUCGUUGGCAACGAUGAACGAAAAGUAGUUUUCUGGCCCUUCCAUCUUAAGAAAUCAUUUCCAUCGACUCUUCUAAAAUUUGCAAAAUUUGGCUGACGAAAUGUACCUUUUUGUUUUUAGCUAUAAAUCUCACUAAAACCAAAUCCGCAUUAUUUAAGUCUGCUCCCUUAAGUUCUUCUAUAUCAUCAAACUCGAUAGUGUAUCAUUUUGACCAGCUGAUGAAUUUAAAACUUUUUUUUGUAUCUUCACUUUCCUCUUCAAUUUUUUCUGGCCUUUCUUCCUUCAUUAACAGAAUCCUCAUCUGUGAGGACAUAAGAAUCAGGUGGCAUCGCAAAUAUUUCAUCAACUUGUUGGAGCAAGUCAUCAUCGUCAUUUAACAUAUUCCAAGCUUGCAAAAGCGAAAAACUUCUUCUGGAAUGAUAGGAGUAUUUUUGAUUAUCAAAUUAUGUUAAAGUCAUUAUUGUUCAAAAACGCCAAGUCACUGAUACCAUAUGGUAUCAGUGACUUUAGAAAUAUUAGAGAACCUCCUGUAUUAGAAGUUUUCAUAUUAGUUAUAUGCAGUAAUAUUGUAUCAUUCAUGAGCAAUAAAUACAUAUCCAAUGUUUUGUACACAACAAAACCACUUGAUAUAGAAAUAAUAGAAAAUUAGAAGCAACUGCUUACAAGGCGUGCAAAAGAAAUCGUCGUAGAAGGGGGAGAUUAUUUGGGAUACCAUAUGGAAUCAGUAGGCGUUAAUGGGUUAACACUCACAGUUACAUUGACGCGCAUUUCUAUAAUUAAGUCAUUUUCUUCAGAGACUGAAAGAUAACUGUAACCGUAGAUCUCUGAAGACAGUAUAAUUUUGUGUUUAUAUGUAAUUUAGGAUUACCUAAUCAUCUAUUAUACAGUAAUUUCUAUUUUUCUUUGUGUUUUGUUGUUCGUAUCUUAUAUCUUAUAACAGAAUAAUAUAUAUUUACCUUAUCGUUUAGAUAUCCUGUAUGUGCUAUUGGGAGUUGAUGUAAAUAUUUGUAAUAAGUGAACUCCCAAGAUUAUUUUUAAGUAAAAACAAGUUAAUUUUUGUAUAAACAAAGAACUGAAGAUAAUUAGAAAACUCCCUUAUACAUGUCUUCCAUUAAUUAAAUAAAAAAAUUUGAAUUCAGAAAGUAGCAAAGUCUCAAUAAAACAAAAUCAUUGCUUAAGUCAAUUUACUGUAGAAAUUUUAUUAUUGUCUGUUUCGUACAUUUUGAAUUGAGAAUAAUUCUAAUUAAAAUAGAAGUCUUGUGUAGCUAAAGUAUAUUGAACACCCAAUUCAAAAAAUUUGAUCCAUUUGAUCCAUUAGGUUAACAAAUAAUAUAAAUAUAUCAAAUUUAAAUUACGAAUGAAUGUAUUAGAAUCAACAUCAAUAGAAAUGUAGAAAUUUCUUAAUUCUCAAAUUUUGAUUAGGAGUAAUCCAUCAUAUCGUUCAUGUCUUAUGAUUCAAUUUCUGUCCCCUCUUUUUGUUAUGUUGCUUAAUAAAUUUUCCGCUACAGAUUAAGAAAAAGCUCAGUUUUACAUUUUACUACAGUGUUACAUGUCUUUAAGUGAAUACAAAUACCUCAAUAUUUUUUGGGAUUAUGUUUCAGAUUCUGGUUGAUACUCAAAUUUCUCUUUUUGUUUAUCGAUGCUACUAAGGUAUCUCUACUUGAUAGGGUGAUGAUUCACUGAGAUCUAAAAGAUCUGUCAUGUACAAGGUAUCAAUCCAUGAGAUUUUGUAGUGCCGUGUAUUCAGUCAUUACAUAAAUGUCUGUUGGUAGUAGUAACUAUUAUUAUUAUAUUAAAAACACAUCUUUUACCGGUUGUAAACACAAUAGAAUCAGCUGGUACAUGGAGAAUUUAUUAAAGAUACACAUUUUAUAGAUAUGGAUUUUAUUGAUAAAAAUCCAUCGAGCUUUAGCAAUGCAACAUUUACUAAUUAUAAUUUCUAAAAAUUAGUCUUCUAUGUCAAGGACAAUUCCAGUGAAAUUGCAUUUCAGAUUGAAAAAAACUUGAUUAAUAUUUUUUUUAAUUCUCAAUAUUUAUAAUUUGAAUCAAUGAUGCAUUUUCAAUCAGCAAUAGAUUUUGUUUUCAUGUAGAGUUUGUAAUCAACAUAUGUGGAGUCAUUAUUAUCUCCGCCACUAUUCGCUGCCAUAUGUUAAUUUUCCUGUACAUACAAUUGAUGGCGUUGUUGUUAUGGUUUUGUUACUUGAAAAGAAUUUAUAAUUUACAAAAAUAAGGAUUACUUUUAUCAAAGUUUCAAAUUGAAAUAUAAAAAAUUCGUCAAUGCAAUUAAUCUUUUAGUUAAUAUAAAAUAAUUUCAAUUUAAUAUAAUUAUCCAUUCAAUUUUGACAUAAAAAUGUAUAAUAAAACAUUUUCUAGUUAAUGCAAACAUAAAUUGGAAUUUAUGAAAUUGCUGAUGGUAUUCAUACUGAAUUACUACUACUACAUCAUCUCACACAGUUAUCUUUUCCAGAUACUGCUAACUUUGUUUUCAAAACGUGCGUUACAAAUUGUGAAAGUUGAUGUAGUGGAAGUAGACAGAAUAUUCUGAAGGCAAUUAAUAGCUGGGACAAAACCGUUUGCUACCACUCCACAAACACAAUUAUACUGUCGAGCGUUACAAGAACGAAGUCUUAAGAAAGCGAUAAUAAACUUCUAUUGCCUUCGGCCUCUGAGAACGAUUUUGUUAUUAUGAACUAUUAUGGUUCAUAUGUUGUUGAGUUUUUCACGCGGGCAUUGUUCCAUAUACUACAUAUGUAAUUUGCUCGCUAAAAUUCUUGUAGUAGAUCACUCUUGCAAGAUGGUAAGCUACUAGCAUCUAAAUUUCGCAACUUCGUUUAAAUCUAAUACCGUAUAUGAAUCAAUAAAAAUUUACAACCUAGCAGCAUCAACAUUGUAUCAAUAGCCCAUAAUAUUGGAAAUACGAUUUUGUUCUUCUUAAUAAGCUUCCUAAAAUUCUACUUAUUUUUGUAAUAAUAAUAUCCAUCCAUUUAAAUUUGCCUUAUUUUUGUAAAUUUGAAUAAUUAUUAUAAAGUAUGGUUUAUGCUUUUCCACUAGUUUGACCACAUUUGAUGUUAUUUAUUUUUAUACUAAUUGUAUUUUUAUACUAAUUGAAACUAAGUUUUGUAAAUAUAAGUUUCAAAAUA